AUGGGCGGAUUCGCUAAGGACAGGAGCUAUUUAGCGCUGUGGGUCGCGCUGUGCCUGUGCCUGUGCCCGGGGGGGGGCGCGGGGGGGUCGGGGCGCGGGGGCUGCGGAGACCGGGACCGUCCCAAGUGCUGCAGCGGCAGAAAUAACGGCUGUUACUAUCGCACCGACACCGGGAACCCCGAGUGCUUCUGUGACACUUACUGUCGGCGAUCGGGAGAUUGUUGUAACGAUUACCCGCGAGUCUGUCACAUCUCAGCCAUUGACUGCCUGGUGGGGCCGUGGGGGUCUUGGAGCCCCUGUAGUUCGCUGUGUGGGGUGGGCAGCAGGAACCGCAGUCGGCAAGUCAGCACUCCCCCCCGCAAUGGGGGAAAGCCCUGCCCAGAUCUGAAACAGCGACGGGGCUGCUAUGGACAUGAGCCCAGCAGGUGUCACUCUGUUAAAGAAGUUGCCAAGAUUUUGCCCGACUCCUACACACGGACCUUCAAGGAUCCCUGGAAAAGACCCCACUUGAUGGUGAAGGAGCAGAAAUCCAGUUACUGCGCUUAUUUCCGUGUGAAGCAGGUCAGCGGGGCUUGCCGACAGGGAGCGUGGACGAGCCGGGUGCUGAGAGACAAGAGCGUGUGUGUGGAGUGUCAGGGAGAAGCCAUGGGGAGCAGAGACAGGUGUGAAGGUGAUGGACUCCAAGGGACCAGGACGUUUUGGACGGCGGCCUCGACCCCCAGCUGCCAGGGCUCGUGGGUCAGAAGCUCUUUGGUAGAGAAUUGCCGAUGUCCACCUCACUCGCUAAUCUUUAUCUAAUGGCACUAACUCUGUGGCGAACCACGACAACACAGAACAGCGAACACAAUCCUCGUCCAACCUCCCAACACCAGCGAGGGAGGGAGGGAAAGAGAGAGAGAAGGAGCUGCGGAGUUCAAAUAUCACUUAUGGGAACACCCCCCUAUAUCCAACUCUAUAUCUCUAUGUCCACCAGAUUUCAAAGACAGCUACGGUCCCAAGAUACAUAGAAUUUCACAGAAUCCACAGUGUGGAAACAGACCAUUUAGCCCACACCUAUAUAAUCUUGCUGCAUUGCAUGCUUUUUUACCUCAAUAUCCUUCCACGUUAAGCACAUGCAGAGAAAGUAUCCUCACGAUUUAAAAAAAAGCAUGACUUUUUAUUAUAGAAAGCACAAGAACAGUUUUCAACCUUUUACCUCUGAAUCCUUUGCUAUAACCUACCUCCAAUAAACACACACUAUAUAUAUAAAUAUACAGUAUAUAUAUACAAAAUUCCUCCUUCCAGAUAUUUUCCUUUUAACCAUUUUCUGUUUGUCCAGUUAUAUAUAUUUUUUUUGUCUAUCUACACACUAUGUCACUAGGGAAAGCAACAAUGGGAAUGUGUAGACACCAGGAGUGAACUUUUAUUUAAAAUUUACUGUUAAAUAAAUCUGUUAUCGUUAUAACGA